UCUUUAACCGAACAGACAACUUCGUGCGCCUUUUUAAGUUAUUCACGUAUCCAAACAGAACAUUUUCUUCAGUUCUUUCUUCUUUAACCCUAACGAGUAACGACGAGGACAAGCCACCGCGAAAACUACCUUCUUAAUGGCAUCGGAGAAGCGGUGCCACUACGAGGUAUUGGGCCUCUCUCAGGACUGCACAGCUGACGAAAUUCGUUCCGCUUACAAGAAACUAGCUCUCCAGCGCCACCCUGAUAAGCUGGUCCAGUCCGGCUUGAGCCAAGCUGAAGCCACCGCUCAGUUUCAGGAGCUCGCUCAAGCUUAUGAGGUUCUUUCCGAUCCUAAAGAACGCGCUUGGUACGACUCUCAUCGUUCUCAAAUCCUCUUCUCCGAUCCUAACUCUGCCAAUUCGGUCCCUGGCUCUGUUAUCCCUAAUUUGUUUUCUUUCUUCUCUAACACGGUUUAUUCGGGUUAUACGGAUACGGGAAAGGGGUUUUAUAAGGUAUAUUCGGAUGUAUUUAACAAAAUCUACGCUAAUGAAAUCAGUUUUUGUAAAAAAUUAGGGUUGGGUUUGGAGAAUGUGAGGGAAGCGCCGGUUAUGGGGAAUUUAGAGAGUCCAUAUGGACAGGUGACGGCGUUUUAUAAUUAUUGGUUUGGGUUCUCUACUGUGAUGGAUUUUUGUUGGGUGGAUCAAUAUGAUGUGAUGGCUGGGCCGAACCGGAAAUCAAGGAGGGUGAUGGAGGAGGAGAACAAGAAGUUGAGGAAGAAGGCAAGGAGGGAGUAUAAUGAGACGGUGAGAGGAUUGGCAGAGUUUGUGAAGAAGAGAGAUAAAAGGGUGAUUGAUAUGAUGGUUAAGAAAAAUGCAGAAAUAGAGAAAAAGAAGAAGGAGGAGAAGGAAAGGAAGAAGAAGUUGGAGAGAGAAAGGAUGGAGAGAGCUAGAACAUAUGAGGAGCCAGAAUGGGCAAGAGUUAAUGAAGAUGAGUUGGAGGAUUUGGAGGGGUUUGAAGAGGAAGAAAAGGAGAAGAAGGGAAGUGGAGGAAAAGAAUUGUAUUGUGUCGUGUGUAGUAAAAAAUUUAAAAGUGAGAAGCAGUGGAAGAAUCAUGAGCAGUCGAAGAAGCAUAAGGAGAAGGUGGCUGAGUUGAGGGAGUCGUUCAGGCAUGAAGACAAAGAAGAAGAAGAAAAAGAAGAAGAGAUGAAAGAAGAUUUUGAGGGAGAUGAAGAAGAGAACAAUAAAGAAGUAGUUAGCAAUUUGGAAGAGGUGGAGAAGAGGCUUGAAGAAGAUUUUAGGAUAAGGGAGGAAGGAAAUGGUGUUGAGAUUCCAGAAUUGAGUGAUGCUGAAGAUGGGUUCUUUGAUGUUGAGGAUGGAGACGAGGCUGAAACACUUGGUGUGGGAGAUGCAAAUGUUCAUGGGGAUGAUAAUGAGGAUGGUGAUGGGGAAAUGAGUGUACUCGAAGCAAUGUUAAGUGGGCAUAAGAGUCGGAAAAAUCGGGCUUCAAGAUACGUGAGUGAGGAUGUUACAGUAGAAGUUAAUGUCAAGGAUAUGAAUGAGGAGAUGGAAGCUAUGGAAUAUAAUAACCGGAAGAGUAGGAGGAGGAGGGGCAAGAAAGAAAGGGGCAAGAAUGAUGGAGGAGUUCCAGAGAAGGGUGAUUUUGAUGAAACCAAUCUGGACGACGAAAUUAAUGGGCAUGGUGAUAUGCAUAUACAGGAGUCUUCUUCUACUUCUUUCGUGGAAAAUGAGAAGGAUGGCAAUAAUGAUGAUCAUUUGAGGAAGACUAAGAGUUCACACCAAUUUGUCGACAAUAAAGGGGUGGCAAAGAAGGAACCAAAUACCAAAUUGAAGAUCCCAUCAAAAGGAAAGAAAGGAAAGGCAACAUCAAAGAAUUCCGUCAACAUUUGUGAGAAAUGCGGAGAGGAAUUUGAGUCAAGGAAUAAAUUACAUAAACAUUUAAGUGACACAGGUCAUUCUACACUGAAAUACCGAUGAGGAUUUUAUUUAUUUUUUGGAGCUAUGUGCUAAUAAUUGAUUAUUGCAAAUCAGAAUAACAAGAUAUUUGAGAUGUGUGCACCAAGCAAUUUUUUUUCCCCUUGCUAAUGUUCUCUGUUUUGGCGGAUCGUUUGAGUUCAACUGUUUUGAGGUAGGCAGAUAGAAGAGAAUUUUUGUUGCAGAUUGCAACUUGUAUGUCAAAAUUUCAAACAGUGACUAAAUCAUUUGUAAGUGAAAAUUCUUUCAAAAUCUUAUGAUUGUUGUAUAUGAAAGUCUGAAUGAAGCCAUGACAUUCUCGUA